AUGGAUAUAUUUAUUGAAUGUUCAGAAGAUGUUCCUGCACGGAUUAGGAGAAGAAAUAAAUCAGGUUUUAACAUGAACAAAAUAGAACUGAAUAUGAUUAUAGAAGAGUCAACUGUCCUGUUUCAUUCGUUCAAUAUAGCCUAUGAAACCACUAAAAAUAUGCUUUUAAGCUUCGCCAAAGGAUUUCAAGUAACAAAUGACUUCAUUUAUUAUCUUUCUUCCUCCAGAAACAAUGUUCAGCAAUAUAUUUUCUUGUAUUCUUUACUAUGCACAAACUCAGAAGACUAUGAAGGAGGCUUUGAACUCUCAGGUGUUGAAGAGAUAUUCUCAAGUAUUAAAUCCAACUACGAGCAAUGGACUUCAUGUUUUGCUGCUCUCGUAGUCGAUCCAAGUGAUCCUGAAUCUGUCGAAAAACUCGCAAAAUCUUUGAAAAGAAUGAGACCUGAAGUUGCAUUCACCUUGGCUAAAACUGUUUUCUUGAUCGAUUAUCGAGACAUGCUUGAGAAAGUAACGACCCCAUGUUGUAUCAUUCAAACAAAAAAUGAUAUUGUUGUUCCAAACUCUGUGCCCAAAUACAUGCAGAACAAAAUCAAGGGCGAAACCAAGGUGGAGAUUAUCGACACCGAGGGUCAUUUUCCUCAGCUAACUGCGCAUCACAAGUUCGUGGAAGUGAUCGACGCAAGUUUGGCUGAUAAAUAA